AUGAAUCCGUCUGGGCUUUUCGGCAGAACACAAGGCGGAGCGUUUCAGUCUCCGCGCGCCCCGACCUCGGGGCUCUUUUCCUUCGGCCAGCAGAACGCCCCUUUCGUGCAGCCGCCUGCCCUCGGCCAGGGCACCGGCCAGACCUCGCUCUUCAGUACAUCGUCUGCCUUCGGCCAGACCGGAUCCCUUUUCGGGCAGCCUGGCGGGACGGCGUCUGGACAGGCCCCGACCUUCGGCAUGCCCGGUUCUGGGAGUCAGACCCCGUCAUUUGUACAGAGCGACACCAGGUUCGGCCCGCCGCCCUCCUUCGGGCAGCCGGCCGGGGUCGGUCAGAGCUCUGUCUUUAACCAGAACUCGGCUUUUCCCCAGACCUCUGCCUUCGGACAGACCGGCGGAUUUGCUCAGCACACACCCGGCUUCGGCGGCUCUAACGCUAUCUCCGCCUCCUCUGUUCCCCCCUCCUCGGGGUCUAGUCAACCACUGAGAUUCGGACAGUUGUCCACAGGGUCUUCUUCGGUAUUCUCCCCUGGAAGCGUUCAGGGCCGCGGAUUUAGCACCUCAGAGUUCAGCUUCAAGCCGUCAGACGCAGCUGUGUUCAAACCUAUUUAUAGCGCCAGUCCUGAACCGGCUGUGUCCCAGGCUGUGUCCGAGUCUUUUGGUUCCAGCCCAUCCAGCACCACCGCUACCAGUAUGGACAGCAGUGGGCCUGCUCCUGCUGCCUCUGAGUUCCUUUCUGGAGCAUUAGGUUUUAGCUUCUCACAGCCCAUCGCAGUGUCCAGCAGCAUCCAGCAGCAUCCUCCCCACCAAAGAUGCACAUCCCAGCACCACCCAGGAGUUCAGCUUCUCGAAACCAGCAGCACCCUCCGUUGGUGCUGGCAGUGGCCUGGGUGGGGGGACCUCCCAGGCCGCCUCUGUCUCCAGGUACUCUGCCUCUAG